AUGCUGGGGACUCUCUGUACUCUCAUCACUGCUCUGUCAUGUGUCAGUGGUGUGACUGUGGUGACACAGAAGCCUCCUGUUCUCACAGUGAGUAAAGGACAGACGGCCACUAUGGACUGUAAUCUGGGGACUGUGACUACUAGUGCUGCACAAUGGUAUAAACAGGUUCCAGGGUCAGUAACUCAGUAUGUGUUGAGAAAUUAUCAUGGCUGGAGCUCUCCCAGCUAUGGCUCUGGCUUCUCCUCUCCUAAAUUCACAUCAAAGCACUCAUCCCAAUCAGAUUACAGCCUGAUCAUUAAUAAUGUGGAGGUGGGAGACUCUGCAGUGUAUUACUGUAACACGUGGGACGACUCUGCUAACACUGUGGUAUUCGGCCAAGGAACAAAACUCAUCGUCACUGACUCUGUCCUCCCAGUUCCUGUUCUCACUCUCUUCCCUCCAUCCAGUGAGGAGCUGAAGUCAGAAAAGGUCACUCUGGUUUGUGUGGCUAAUGACCUCUCUGUGGGUUUUGCUGAUGUCAGUUGGACAGUGAGUGGGAAAUCAAUCACUGAUGGAGUUUUCACCAGUUCUGCUGAAAAACAGAGCAACCAGAAAUUCAAAGUCAGCAGUUAUUUGAGUCUUCCAACCUCGGAGUGGGAGAGUGACAAGGAGGUUUCAUGUCAAAUGUCAGUUGGAUCCAAAUCCUCUGAGAAGAAGAUAAAGAAGUCUGACUGCAGUAACUGA